CUGACUUUCUAUAUCCAGAGUGUGGUAAGGGACAAUCCUGUCAAGGAAUGACCAAGAACUUCUGCCUCAGAUCAUCAGACUCCCCUCGAAAAGCCAAACCCCAGCAGAUACAGAAGGAAAGGCACUUCUGCCUGACCUGCUGGGAACAGCACAGGGACAACUGGGACAGCUGGGCAGGGGACUGGGAGUGUGGUGGGAGCCCAAAACUACCUUCCCCCAGCCACAGUGUCUACCUAAAACAAGUCCUCUGGGAAUCAAAGGAUUACAGAAGAAAACUAGUGGGUAAUAAUAAUAAUAAUAAUAAUGUGGGGAAGAGCAGCAAAGGGAGCAACAGUAAGUCUAAGGGAGAAGGAGGAUUGCUGGCUUUGGAAUGGGGUGAGACAGAUCUCCUGGGAUUUAUAAAGCUCAACUCCAGGCCUGGGAUUAAAGGAACACUGUAAACUCGUAUCAUCAAAUAUCUGUAUUUGCAUACUGCCAGUGCUCCCCAUCUAGAGCCCAGGUUUGGGUGCAAGGGCACCAGUGCUGCUUCCUUGAGGGAUCAGGAAAAUUGGGAUUGAAGCACUUGUCACAAGGCUGAGUCUGAGCUCUGGCUGGGGAAAGCAUUUGGCACAUCAGACAUUUCAAUAAGAGACAUUUCCAAUAAUUCUGAAAGCAUGUUGAAUAAAAACUAAUGAACAUGACUAAGCCUUUCUCCAUAAGGACAGCCCCAUAGAAUGUACCACUUGUUCAAACCUCCAAACAGCCAGUUUUUGGUGAGGGAUUUCAGGUUUUGGUCUCCCUAGCUGGCUGUGCAGGCAUUUAAUAAGUAUGUAAAAUACAGACCCAUUAAAACAAAGCACAGCUGGUGAUUUCUAAACAGGCAUAAGAGACCAGAACAUGAUGUUUUUUCACUGCUCCACUUGCUCCAAACCUGAUGCACAGCAGAAAAAAUACUUGUUUUUACUGCACUUGCUUCCUGAAAGUAAAGCCCCUGAAGAGGCUUUGCUAUUCAAGCUCAUCAGGAUUUGGAUACUUGUACCUAAAUUUACAUUCCAUUUCUAUUAAGGAAUAUGAAGCAUCUUAAAAGCGCCUGCACUCAUACUUCAAUUUCAUGCCUGCUGCCACCAAUUAUUUUUGCUGCUCUUUUGUUAGGAACAUUUUACCCCCUGGUUCUUCAGGCAUCCUCACCUGGGAGACAAAAUCUAUGUGGAAAAAAGUUGGGAAUGCUGUCUCCAAGUCAAGUUACCUGCUUGGAAAUGAACCCAGCUGUUCUGUAGCUCAGCAUGUUUCAAACAGAGUGUGGUCCUUCUUCAUUGCAGACUUGCAGUUAGGUAGCUUGUGAGCAGGGAAUUAAAUCAACCAACUGCACAGAAAACCAUCUCAUGUUCAUGAAAUGGGACUAGAUUUGGAUGCAUGCUGGCAAAAGGGCACAUCAGAACAUAAAGAAGAAAAUGGACUCAAACUCUUCGCUGGAUUGGCCUCAGGUGCUGAAUGAUAACGGGACAUACAAGUUCCUUUACUUGGAAAGAAAUGUCUCCUGUGUGGACUUCUACCUCCACCAGCCUUUGGUGGCUGCUGUCUUCAUCACCUCCUACCUCCUCAUCUUCCUCCUCUGCAUGGUGGGCAAGGGGGGGGUUUGUUUCAUCAUCCUGUGGAGCAAGCACAUGUGCACGGUCACCAACCUGUUCAUCCUGAACCUGGCUGUCAGUGACUUGCUGGUGGGGGUCUUCUGCAUGCCCACCACCCUCCUGGACAGCAUCAUUGCAGGAUGGCCCUUUGGGAGCCUGGUGUGUAAGGUGAGCGGGAUGGUCCAAGCAAUCUCUGUUUCUGCCUCUGUUUUCACUGUGGUUGCUAUUGCCGUGGACAGGUUCCGGUGCGUUGUGCAUCCAUUCAAGCAGAAGCUGACUGUUCCCACGGCCGUGGCCAUCAUCGCGGCCAUGCUCCUGGCCGUGGCCAUCACGUGUCCCUCGGCAGUCCUGCUGCAGGUGCAAGAGGAGAAGCAUUUCCAGGUGCUCCUGGGCUCCGGCAACGCCACCCGCGCGGUGUUCUGGUGCCGGGAGGAGUGGCCUGACCCGGCCAUAAGGAGGGUUUACACAACAGUUCUCUUUGCCAACAUCUACCUAGCUCCUCUGUUGCUCAUCGGGGUCAUGUACGUCAGGAUCAGCAUUUCCCUCUCCCACACAGCCGCGCCUGGGGCGGGGAAGCGCGGCCGGGAGCAGCGGCACAGCCUGUGCAAGAGGAAACAAAAAGCCAUCAAAAUGCUCGUCGUUGUGACUUUGCUUUUCAGCCUGUCCUGGCUUCCCCUGUGGACGCUGAUGCUGCUCUCGGACUACGCCAGCCUUUCCCACCUCCAGCUGCAUCUCAUCAACAUCUACAUUUAUCCCUUUGCUCAUGGGCUGGCCUUCUCCAACAGCAGCAUCAACCCCAUCAUCAACGGCUUCUGUAAUGAAAACUUCUGCCGUGGCUUCCAGGCUGUCUUCCAGCUCCAGCGCUGCUCCCAACCAGGCCCAAGCAAUUCCAUCCUGCCAGCUGCCUGCUGCCAGAUGCCCCAGGAUCAAGCUCCUCAAACAGCUGUGGAGGUGGGCAAGCCAGUUAAGGAAGGAAAUUGGGUGAAUAAGCAGCAGGAUUUGAUCAUGGAGCACUUCAAAGAGCCCUGCAACAAUGGGAUCAAGUGAAACACGCUAUGAACCUCUCGGAGCGACUGAAAGAGGGCUGCUUGAACCUCAUUUGUGGUCACACUUCAGCCUGCAACUCUCAGGGACUGGAAUAUUGCAGACGCAGUCUGGAACCCACCAGUCCUUGAAUUUUCUUGUGGUUGUGCUUCUUCCCAGGCAAUGCCAACACCAGCUGGUCCUGCUCAAAUGACAAAACUAAACAUUUUAUAUCACGUUUCAUUUAUUCCCCUCUGUUGUUGCUGUUUUUUUCUGUCAUACCCAUUAUUGUUGCAGCACAAGAAACAAACAGAAAGGGAAAAUUGAGAAAUAAAGGAUAAGAAAAGGG